AGCCGUUGUUUCUUAUUAUCAACAAGAAGCCAAUCAACAACAACAACAUGGCUGAUCCCGUUGCUGCUGCUGUCUAUGAUCCUACUACUCAGAAGGAGGAAGAUAUCCAGAAGAUGUUGGUCUGCAGUACCCAUCUUGGUACUCGUAACUUGGAUUAUCGUAUGAAGCGUUACGUGUUCAAGCGUAAUAAGGAUGGUAUCAAUAUCAUUAACUUGGGUAAGACUUGGGAGAAGCUUAUGGCUGCUGCCCGUGUUAUGGUUACCAUUGAGAACCCUAAAGAUAUUAUGGUUGUAUCACAGCGUCCUUAUGGUUCUCGUGCUGUUCUUAAGCUUGCUAACUUUAUUGGUGCUACUGCUGUUGCUGGACGUUGGACUCCUGGUUCCCUUACUAAUCAGAUAACUCCUAAGUUCACUGAGCCUCGUCUAUUGAUUGUUACUGAUCCUCGUACCGAUUCUCAAGCUAUCAAGGAGGCUGCCUAUGCUAACAUACCUGUUAUUGCUUUAUGUGAUACCGAUUCCCCUCUUGAUUUCGUAGAUAUUGCCAUACCAUGCAAUAAUAAGGGUAAAGAGAGUAUUGCUCUUCUUUAUUAUCUACUUGCUCGUGAGGUAUUGAUGCUACGUGGUAAGAUCCCUCGUGGUGUUGAAUGGGAAGUUAUGGUUGAUUCCUUCUUCUGGAGAGAUCCUGAAGAGAUCGAACGUCAAGAGCGUAUGGCUGCUGAGGCUGCUGCCUAUGAGGCUUCUAAGAACACUAUGGUCGAGGCUACUGGUAUGGCUGCUGCUACUGCUACUACUGGUGUUGAGGGUACUGCUGCUAAUGCUGCUUACUUCGAGGAGGGUGAGGAAUGGACUGGAGCUACUGGUGGUGAUUGGGCUGCUGCCAGUGCUGAUCAAUGGUAGACGUCUGGUAACAACAACAUCAACAAGGAGUUAUAACAUCAAUGAUUAGCAGUUGUUAUUGUUGAUGAUGUAAUGAGGACUACUACGGCUUGUGA